AUGCAGUGGAUAAUAUUCAUGUUGCUGUUAUUCAUCAGCUCCAUGGAAAUGCUCACGCAAAACCGGUGGAAGAAGCAAGCAAGUGCCAGCCUGCUGGAAAACUGCACGGGCUGCGUCCUGUGCUCUGAGGACAACGGCUGCAUCACCUGCCACCACCGGCUCUUCCUGCUCAUCUGGAGGGACGGCAUCCGCCAGUACGGCAUGUGCGUCCACACUUGUCCCCCAGGCUACUUUGGCGUGCGGGGUCUGGAGGUCAACAGAUGCACAAAGUGCAGGUCUCCCAGCUGCGAGAGCUGCUUCAGCAGAGACUUCUGCAUGAAGUGCAAGGACAAGUUUUACUUGUACAAGGGCCAGUGUUUUCGGCAGUGUCCCCCCGGCACUGCGGCACAGCCCGGCACCCGCGAGUGCCAAGAGACGUGCGAGCCGGGGCCGUGGAGCGAGUGGAGCGCCUGUACCCACGAGAGCCGGACCUGCGGCUGCAAGUGGGGUGUGGAGACGCGGGUGCGGGAGGUGCCGGAGGCCGCCCGGGAGGACGGGACUGCCUGCCCCGCUCUGCUGGAGACCAGGAGGUGCCGCAUGAAGAAGCACUGCCCGGGAGAGAAAACCGAACCCAAAAACAAAGGCAAAAAGCGACAGAAGAAGCCGAAGACAGAAAGGCACACGGGCACCUAG